UUCUAAACCGGCCCAGUGUAUAAAUACUCGUCGAUUUCAAACGUUUAUGCAGUUCGAAAGCAGCCUUUCAAAGCCAAUACAUCGGGAGUCAAGAUGAAAGCUUUUCUGUGCACCUUCAGUAUCGUCCUUGCUGCGGCCAUGUCCGUCAAUGGCGAUAUGCCAGGCGAACUGAAGCCAGCUUUCCAAGAGUGCCACAACGAGUUGUUAGGAACGCCUCAGGAGGAACCAACCGGACCACCCAACAUGGACGACCCCAAAGUAAAGUGCAUCCACGCGUGCGUCGCGAAAAAAAUCGGCCACAUGGUUGACGGCAAGAUAGUCGCGGAAAAGGAAAUCGAAAGCGCCAAGCAGCACAUGCCCAAUGCUGACAAUAGCUUGACGGACAAGAUCACCGAGUGCGCUAACAAAGCCAACGAGCAAAGCGACGAGUGCGAGGUAUCUGCCGCCUUUCACAAGUGCAUCGUGGAGAAGGUCGGACCCCCAGAGCAUCACCACUCAAACGUCAAGAUGAAAGCUUUUCUGUGUGUUUUGGGCGUCAUCAUUGCCGCGGCGUCCGCCAGCUGCGGAAUGCCAGAAGAGAUGAAGCAGGCUUUCAAAGAAUGCCACACUGAACUGGGUAUGCCCGAUGAAAAACCUCAUGGACCGCCCAACCCUGAUGACCCUAAGAUCAAGUGUUUCCACGCAUGCAUCAUGAAGAAGGCCGGCAAAAUGGUUGAUGGCAAGUUGGACGCCGACAAAGAGAUCGAAUUCGCCAAGAAACGCAUGCCCAAUGCCGAUGACAGCAUGAUCGAAAAGAUCACCGAGUGCGUUAAGACAGCCAACGAACAAAGCGACGAGUGCGAAGUGGCUGGAGCCAUGCACAAGUGCAUAAUGGAGAAAGUUGGAUCCCCUCCUCAUCAUCAUCGCCACUAAACUCGAUUUUUCAAACAUCUUCGAGAUAAUUCAACGCUGGCACCAUACUCUACUCAAAAUGCUAUUAACUAUUCAACUAUACUACAAGUACUCGUUUCUAUGUUUUGCAUGCCCAUUUUAAGAAUGACGGCUCGAAAAACUGGCAUACGUUUAUGUACGCAUGGAUGAAGAAAAUCAAUAAAAAAAUUUAAACAAGAA